AUGAGUGAAGAUUUGGUGGAGUAUCCUGUCAGGUGCCACUGCGGUGCCGUCAGUGGACGCUUCAAGUACAAGCCUGGGAAAGUAAUAGCAUGGGACUGCAAUUGUUCGGACUGCAACAUGAGGAAGAAUACGCAUGUGGUGGUUCCAGAGCACAACUUUUGGCUCACCAUGGAUUGUCCGCUGGAGGAAGCUACCAUUUUGUAUCUGUGGGGCACGAAAACGGCCAUUCGAAGAUUCUGCAAGACCUGUGGAGUACUACCUUGGUACAGGCCCCGGUCCAACCCCGAUGGCGUUGCCAUUACAAUGCAUUGUGUGGACUGGACCGAUGGAGGAACAAGAGAAGCCCCCGAGCUUGAGAUCAAGACAUUUGACGGAGUGAAUUGGGAAGAGACAAUCAAGAGUUCUUCCAUCAAACAGGAAUCCAAAGUCUGA